CCAUGUCGGUGCCGCUGCUGAAGAUCGGCGCGGUGCUCAGCACCAUGGCGAUGGUCACCAACUGGAUGUCGCAGACGUUGCCCUCGCUGGUGGGGCUGAACGGCACCGGACCCCGCGCCGGCCCCUCCGAGCGCAUCACCCUGUUCCAGAGUCCAGAGGAGGGCUGGCAGCUCUACACCUCCGCUCAGGCCCCCGAUGGCAAAUGUAUCUGCACGGCGGUCAUCCCGGCACAGAGCACGUGUUCCCGAGAUCUGCGCAGCCGCCAGCUCCGCGAACUCAUGGAAAAGGUCCAGAACAUCUCUCAGUCGAUGGAGGUGCUAGAGCUGCGGACCUACCGGGAUCUGCAGUACGUGCGCAACACGGAGACCCUCAUGAGGGGGCUGGACUCCAGGCUGAAGGGGGCCAGCGAUGGUCAGCGCAGCCUCAACACCAGGAGUUUCCAGGAGCUGCAGGAGCGGAUGGCGGAGCUGCAGCCCCUGAGUCCGGUGCUGGAGCAGUACCGGUCGGACACGCGGACGGUGGGGCAGCUCAAAGCGGCAGUGCGGAGCCUCUCCGUUGGGCUGGCAGCCAUCCAGGAAGAGCUUGGCGCCUACGACCAUGCGGAGCUGCAACAGCGGGUCUUGGGGCUGGAGGCACAGCUCCGCGCCUGUGUGCAGAGGCUGGGCUGCGGGAAACUCACUGGGGUCAGUAACCCCAUCACCGUCCGGGCCAUGGGCUCCCGCUUCGGUUCCUGGAUGACCGACACGAUGACUCCCAGCACGGAUAGCCGGGUCUGGUACAUGGACGGCUACUACAAGGGCCGGCGGGUCCUGGAGUUCCGAUCCCUCGGCGACUUCGCCCGCGGCCAACACUUCGUCCAGCACCUGCUCCCGCAGCCGUGGUCAGGCACGGGCCACGUGGUCUUCAACGGGUCGCUGUUCUACAACCGACACCAGAGCAACGCGGUGGUCAAGUACCACUUUGGCUCGCGGGCGGUGCUGGUUCAGCGCAGUCUCCCCGGAGCCGGCUACAACAACACCUUCCCCUACUCCUGGGGGGGGUUCUCGGACCUGGACCUCAUGGUGGAUGAGGGGGGCCUGUGGGCCGUCCACACCAGCACCCGGGACGCGGGGAACCUGGUGGUCAGCCGACUGGACCCGGAGACCCUGGCCGUGCUGCGCUCCUGGGACACGGGCUACCCGAAGCGGAGCGCAGGGGAGGCCUUCAUGAUCUGUGGGGUCCUGUACGUCACCAGCUCUCACCUGGCCGGGGCCAAGGUCUCCUUCGCCUAUGCCACGGCUGCAGCCCGCUACGAGUACACGGACGUCCCAUUGCAGAACCGCUACGCCCACCUGUCCAUGCUGGACUAUAACCCCCGAGACCGGGCCCUGUACGGGUGGAACAACGGGCACCAGGUGCUGUACAAUGUGACGCUCUUCCACGUGGUCGGAGGCGGCGGUGGCGGAGGGGGGGCCGUGGACUCCUUCGCCGAUGCAUCCGCCGGAGGACUCUAGCCUGGGAAUGGGAGAGACGGGGGGAUGGGAGGCGGGAGCACAGAGCGGGCACGGAGAGGAUUGUCGUCUGCCAACUGCUUGCUGAAUCCCUCUGGCUCGCUGGCUGUCUCUCUCAGCUUCUGUCUCUCCCUCUAUCUCUGUGACUGUAUCUGACAGCCUAGCUCUCUCUCCCUCUCCGUCUCCUCCCCUGGGUCCGUUUCUCCAUCGAUCCGUCUCCCUCGGCCUCCGUAUCUCUCGGUCUCUAUUUCUGAUUGUGUCUCUGUGUCUCCCUCGGCCUCCGUCCCCGUCUCUCAGUUGCCAGGCUUUGCUGCGACUAGUCCUAUCUGGGGAACAGUCAGCCACUGCCCUCCCUCCCCUCUUUCGGGCUGAGUGCAUGGAUCUCGUCCGUUUCCCUGUUCUCCUUCUGGUCUCCUGGUUCAGUUAUUUAUUUGUUUGUUUCGUUCUGCAUCGGCCAAAUAAACCAGAGCCUUGGACGUCGGUGGCA